AAACACAAAUAGAGACGCUGCAGUUAAAUACAUGCCCUUUUUUUUUUUUUUUUUUUUACUAUCACAAAGUCGUUUUCAGCACCCAUUCACUUACAACUAAACAAGACCCGUUUUUAAAAAAAAAAAAAAAAAAAAAAGCCAAGUACACCUACAACGAUAAAACAAACAAAAAAAGAAAAAAGAACGGCACAGCAACGAGCUUAAAGAAGCCGACGUUCUUUUUUUCAAAACAGAAUAAGAAAUACUCUAACAAGAGAUUCAACAAGACUGGGAAACAACUCGGGAGUUUUACUGGAGUGAACAUUUACAGAAGUCUCCUGUGCUCGACAACAAAGUCGCUAGAGAAACAACGUGUUUGCUUUGUUCCUCUUUACAAACGCUUUUGUUGUUUUGUUUGCGGUAAAAGAGGGUCACGCUCGCCGCUACAUUUUAGUUUUGUCCCGGCUAAAAACAACAGAAAAAGAAAAAAAAAAGUUUUUAAAUGCAAAACUACAAGUACGACAAAGCAAUGGCCCCAGAGACCAGAAACGGUGGAAAUCCGACCUUAAAUAACAACAGUAACGGGAAAGACAACAGCAAGAAGGGCUUGCUGGUCUGCCUUGAUCUCUUCUGCUUGAUUCUGGCUGGUCUUCCCUUCCUGAUUAUUGAAACUAGCACCAUCAAGCCAUACCAACGGGGGUUUUACUGCAGCGACGAAUCAAUCCGGUACCCUUACAAAAACGGAGACACCAUAAGCGAUGGAGUGCUUUCUGCAGCUGGCAUUCUUAUUGCAGUUCUUUCUAUAAUCAUUGGGGAAUGUUACCGGAUUUGCUACCUGAAUAAGAGCUCAAGGUCAUUCAUUAGCAACCUCUACGUUUCCACCCUCUACAAGCAAGUUGGGGUCUUCAUCUUCGGCUGUGCCAUCAGCCAGUCCUUCACCGACAUUGCCAAAGUAUCGGUUGGCCGCAUGCGCCCUCACUUCCUGGCAGUGUGCAAGCCAGACUUCACCAAAAUCAACUGCUCACUGGGCUACAUUGACGACUAUAACUGUUUGGGCGAUGAGAGCAAAAUACAGGAAGCAAGGAAAUCCUUCUUCUCCGGCCAUGCGUCGUUCUCCAUGUACACCAUGCUGUAUCUCACAUUCUACCUGCAGUCCCGGUUCACUUGGCGAGGAGCCCGUCUGCUCCGUCCACUGCUCCAGUUCACCCUCAUCAUGAUGGCGUUCUACACAGGCCUGUCCCGCGUCUCCGACCACAAGCACCACCCCACCGACAUACUGGCAGGGUUUGCACAGGGGGCCCUGGUGGCAUACUGCAUAGUGUUUUAUGUGUCUGACCUCUUCAAGCCUAAAACGAACACGACUCCUCCACCACCGCCACCCAUUAAAAAGGAGAUCCUUCCUUGUGCAGACAUGAUUGAGCGCAACAACCACCACAACAUGGUGUGAGAGAGCCUGGGGGGACAAUCAAGGGACCUGGUGAACAGCAAGUGCCUGCUGCACUCGAACCUUAUCUGACAGUAGAAUGUAGGGAAGAGAAACUUUUAACCCACAAUUCGAGAUGGACUGCAAGGUGUGGAAUUUGGGACCUAGAGCUUGCAAAUUCACCUGGAAUGAAUCUCAACCA